AACAGCCACUAUCAAACGCGUUGAUGCGUUCAACCCUAAAAUCAAUCAAAAUUCAACAACACGCUUAAACUCACAAACCGUGUUCGCUGUACUCUCUAUUCCAUAUCUGACCAUUUCUCUCCACAGUCUUGACUCUCUCUCUGUCUCUCUCUAUAUCUCUCUCUCAUUUCACACACUAAGUGAUUUGUAGCAUUUGAAUUGAAUAUGGUAUGUCUAAGAUUAAUCUCUCUGUUAGUAUUAGUUUCUCUGCUUUUCUCUCGGGUCUACGCAAUCCGGUCAUUUCCGAGCAGAUUUAAAGACACGAGACUUCCGUCGUUACAGAGUCUAGAGAGGGACUCACAGUUUGUUGAAGCGCCUGAAUAUCGAAACGGGCCUGAAUGUACUGUUUUGAAUAAAAAUGUUAAUGGUUCUGUUUCAGCUUGCGAUUUGAGUCUUGUUCACAUUGCAAUGACGCUUGAUUCGGACUACUUGAGAGGUUCAAUUGCAGCAAUUCAUUCGGUUCUCAAACACACUUCUUGCCCAGAAAAUGUGUACUUUCACUUCAUUGCUUCGGAUUCGAAUUCAAUAAAACCAGAUGGAUUGUCCGGGUUGGUUCAAUCGACUUUUCCGUCUCUGGGUUUCAAGGUGUACACUUUUGAUGUGAGUUUAGUGAAGAAUCUGAUCUCGUCUUCGAUCAGACCAGCUCUUGACAACCCAUUGAACUACGCAAGAACAUACUUAGCUGACAUACUCGAUUCGUGUGUUGAUCGUGUGAUCUAUCUCGAUUCGGAUGUCGUCGUUGUCGAUGAUGUACAGAAGCUAUGGUCAGUUUCUUUAACCGGGUCGAGAGCAAUCGGAGCUCCGGAGUAUUGCCAUGUGAAUUUCUCCAAGUACUUCACUAAUGAGUUCUGGUUUGACGCGAAGCUAUCCAAGGUUUUUGAGGGGAAGCGGCCGUGUUAUUUCAAUACCGGCGUGAUGGUGAUGGAUUUGGGGAAGUGGAGGGAAAGGAAUUACAGGAGGGAAAUUGAGGAAUGGAUGGAAGUGCAGAGGGAGAGGAGGAUAUACGAGCUGGGUUCGUUGCCGCCGUUUUUGCUGGUGUUUGGAGGAGAUGUGGAGGGGAUUGAUCAUAGGUGGAACCAACAUGGGCUUGGUGGGGAUAAUGUGGUGAGUAGUUGCAGGACUCUGCAUCCGGGACCGGUGAGUUUGUUGCAUUGGAGUGGAAAAGGGAAGCCAUGGGUGAGACUUGAUGGGGGGAAUCCAUGCCCAGUUGAUCAUCUGUGGGCACCUUAUGAUCUCUACAGACAUUGAUUUUUUUGUUUAUUUAUUUUUGUUCAUUUCUCUCCCAAUUUUGUUUAAUUCUUUUGUAUAUGGAUACAGUACAUAAAUACACACAAUAGAAAAAGAAGAUUCAUAUA